AUUUGUCAUGCAAGCAAACAUAAUAGAGAUGAUGGCAUUACUAAAUGAUUCCUUUCGAGCAUAAGUUCGAUUCUCAUACGUAAAUUUGGUUUAUAUGUACGUAGAGUUAGUUAAUUAAUUGACAACGUGGCAUACUUAAUUAGAUAUUAUAUGCUUAUGAGAUUAAUUAGUUCUAUUUUUAUUUCAUUCUAUUUUUCAGAUGUGGCCAAAUUGAAUUCAAAUGAGUGGUACUUUUUUAGCUUCCGUGACCGGAAAUAUGCAACCGGGUUUAGAACAAAUCGAGCCACCACUUCAGGCUAUUGGAAGGCUACUGGAAAAGAUAGAGUCGUGCUCGAUCCAAAAACACAUGCAGUUGUGGGCAUGAGAAAGACUCUUGUUUUUUACAAAAAUAGAGCUCCAAACGGGAUCAAAACCGGGUGGAUUAUGCAUGAGUUUCGAAUGGAAAACCCUCACUUGCCACCUAAGGAAGAUUGGGUACUGUGUAGAGUAUUUCACAAAUCAAGAGGAGAUUUAAACAGCUCACAUAGCUUAUAUGAGUCUACAUGCAAUGAACUCUACCAACAAAGCAAUACAUCUUCGCUCGGUUUAUCAUCGACUCAAGUGGGCCCUAUUCUUCUAUCUCAUGAAAUGAAUGCUGAUAAUUAUAAGCCUCUUGUGCCAUUCAAUAAGUGUGAGGAUGACUAUGGAUUCUUGUUCGAUCUUGACUGCCCGAAUAAUAAUGAAGUGUGGAUGAUAUGAAAUUGGAUAUCGUGAUAACGGCUAAGUUUUUUUAUCAUCUGAAAAAAUUGGGAGCUAGUCGGUAUCUUUAAUCGAUCAAGUUGGUAUAUAUAGUUGAAUCAUGAAGGUAGUAGUGUGUGAUUUUGUUUCUGCAGAAUUAUGUGUUUAUUGGAAAUAGUCUAGGAAGAACUUAAUUAAUUAUGUUGCACAAUCAUGUUUGUGUUUUUAUGAAGUAUGUGUUUGUUGGAAUAGUUUAGAAUUACUUAUUCAGAUGAAUGAGGGGUUCUUGUUCAAUGUUCUGAAAAAUAGUCAUUCAAGUCUUG